AUGUUUGUUAAAACCAGAAUAUUGACCACAAAUAUUUGUGCUCCGCAAUCAUCCUCUCAAUAUUUGACUCAAGUUUUGGUUCCAGAAACUGCAAUUAGGCUUAUUGCAGAGGAUUUUAAUAAUAUUUCUUUAAAAGCUGCAAAAGAAAUUAUGAUUGGUGGUGUUGAGUAUGGACAAUAUGUUUAUGAUGAUAGCAAUUUAAGAAUAAAAUUUAUAGAUCUUGAUAGUAGUUUCGGAUUACGUCAUUGGCUAAACAUCUAG